AUGGAGGAGGAUAAAGGGUGGAAGAUUAAACUUACGUCCUGCUUCGUGGCCGUUGGAGUAAUUUUAGCGGUGGUCGCGGUCAGCACCGAUCACUGGGCUGUGCUCAGCCCCAGACUCGAAGUGUCCAAUGCCACCUGUGAGGAGGCAUAUUUUGGGCUUUGGAGACUUUGCACCAAGCGUGCCUUCCUGAUCAUGGUAGAUCCCGACGCCGAGGGCUGUGGGACCACAACUCUUCCCGGAGACUAUAACUGCACAUAUUUCAAGCACUUCACAUCAGGAGAAAAUGCAGAGCAGUUCCAAAUUACCACUCAGAAAGAAUACAGCAUAUCAGCAGCAGCCAUUGCCAUCAUCAGUGUGGGGUUUAUGAUGCUGGGCACAUUCUGCACGCUCCUAUCCUUCAGCAAGAGACUAGAUUAUUUCUUGAAACCAGCUGGCAUGUUCUUCAUCUUCUCAGGUCUAUGCAUUAUAAUUUCUGCAGAAGUAAUGCGGCAGUCAGUGAAACGGAUGAUAGACAGCAAGGAGACCAUUUGGACCCAAUAUGAGUAUUCUUGGUCCUUUGCCUGUGCUUGCACUUCCUUUAUCAUUCUCUUCCUUGGUGGGAUCAUCCUCCUCCUGAUCUCCCUACCACGCAUGCCCCAAAACCCAUGGGAGACAUGCAUGGAUGCGCCUCCAGAGCAUUGA